AUGAUUGAUAAUUUGCCAAUCCCGGCGAUCCGAAGAAUUUUGAAUUUUCUCCGUUUCGCCGAAGUCAAAAAUUUGUCAGAAGCAUUUCCAAAUUCAGUCGAAAUACAAGGAUUAUGUGAAUUAGAGAUCAAAAUAAUGAUGGGAAGAGAAAUUGAAAAUCGAAAAUAUUUGAAUUGGAAUCGAUGUGCUUAUGAUGAUUUAGAUGAUAUAAUGGCUGCACGAGGUAUUCAUUCAUUGGCAUAUUUCCCGCCAAAUCGAUCGAUUUAUUGUUUUGGUGGAGAAAAUCGGCAGACUCAAGGAAGAAUUCAAGAUCGAUUAAAUGCAUCGCUUAAUGAUUUAUGGCGCUUGGAUUUAGGUAGAAAAAAAUUUUUUUUUUUGAAAUUCUAACUUUCAAUUUUCAUAUUUUGUUCAGCAACUCUUCGAUGGUCCCGUGUAAAUGUUCCGAUUGCUCCAUAUCCUUCCGCCAAAUUCGGCGCCUCUUUCGUUGUUUGGAAAGACGAAAUUGUGUUGUAUGGUGGACUGUGUUGGACACGAGAUCAAACUAUUAUGUCGCCGCACAUUUCCGAAUCCGAAUGUCAUAUUUUCAACCCACAAAAAGGGGUUUGGCGGGCAAUUGCGACUGAAGUUCAGGGACCUGAAGUGAAUGGACAUGCGGCAUUGAUUGAGAAUGAUCGAAUGAUGAUAUUUGGUGGCAGAGCUGGAAGGGGACAGUUAAUGGUUUGUUUUUUUUUUUUUGGAAAUUGAAAAUUCCGAGAGCUGUUUUUUUUUUAAAUUCAAACUUCAAAGGAUUUUACUCAAAAAUUGUAUGAAUUUUUUUCAUUUCAUUUUUUUCAUUAAAAAUCUAUUUUCAGGAUUCACAACACUUGCAUAUUUUGGAUUUGGUCAAGGAAAUUUGGACAACAAUCGAUUUAUGUCCAACAAUAUUUUCUGAAAUUACACGUGUCAUUCGACGUCCCAAUGGAUUUCCAAUGUGAGCGAAAAAAUCAUUUUCUGCUUUAAAAAAUUAUUGAAUUUUUAGGAUGGAUCUUGAUAAAACGACAUUAAUUGGGCUAGGAAAAAAUAAAUAUUUGAUAACGGGUGAAAUGGAUAUGGAUUAUGGUGAAGCGAUAUUGUUGAGUGAAACUGAAGAUGGUUGGAAAUGGAAAAGAAUUGAAACAAAUGGAAGAUGGUGGAAUGAUAGAAUAAUUGAACAAAAUGGAGAAAGAAUUCGAAAUUUAAGAUGUAAUCUUCCAAAUGUUUUAUAUUAUUCAAUUGCUGUGAUUCGAAAUGAAGCGGAAAAUAAAUUACGAUUAGUUUCGUUGGGAAAAGCGAAAAAUGAAAAAGAAUUUUUGAGAAAACCCAAUAAUAUUCUCGAAAUGUAUGAUAAAAUACAACAAAGAUCUCAAACAUUUGUUCAAGUUAUACAAACUGAAAUCGAAAAAGAGAUGGAGAAUCGGAAAGAUUCUGAAACAUCUUGUUGUGAGCAUUUUGAAUUGGAAUUUGAGGGAACUUGGUGUCGAAUUGAGAAUUGUUUUCUGAUGAAAAAUGAACAGGAGAAGUAUUUGCCAAUGAGGAAUCGGAUAUUUUUGAAAUGUGAAAAUGUGGAAAAAUGGGAGGGUUUGAUGUUUGAUGAUGUGGAUUUGUGGGAAAUGAGAAUGAAGCUGAAAUCACUCGUCACACAAUUACGUGGGUUUUUUUUUAUUGUUUGGCUGAAAAUUUGAUUUUUGGUUGAAAAAAUGUGAUUUUUCAUGAGAAAAUUCCCAAAAAAAAAUUUAGCAAUUUUUUUCAAUUUUAAAAAUUUUUUUGAGUCAAAAUGAAGUUUUGCUAGAAAAAAGUGUUGUUUUUCAUCAGAAAAUUCCCAAAAAAAUUUGUAAAAAACAUUUUUUUCAAUCUAAAUUUGGUUCAAAAAUUCUAGAAUUCUGAAAAAAGCUGCUCAUUUUUCAAUUUAUCUGAAAAAUGCUCAAAAAAAUUACAAAAAAAUUGUUUUGACUGCAAAAUUUUACAAAGUCAGCUCCAUAAUCGUCAUGUCUUUUCAGACGCAAAACACUACAACAUAAAAAUCGAUAAACCAUUUUGCGCUCAUUUACCAAUGAGAAAUCGAUCGAUGAAAAGAUUCACAAUUUAUGUUGCCGAAUUGGAUUUAAAUCAGGAAAUCGAGAAAAUCGAGUAAGUUUUAGUUGUUUUUUUUGGUAACUGAGUAAUUACUUAAUUAAUUAAUUAAAGCCUAUGCUGAUUAAUAUUGUGUAAUUAAAUCGUAAAAAUAAUAUUAGUUGACCCUUGAAUUCCCUUUUAAAAAAGUAUUUUUAUCUUCCACUAAUUAAUAAUUCUUAAUUAAGAUGGAUAGCUCAACCAAUGCAAUAUCGCGCAUCUCCAGAAACCAAUUGUUAUCGAUUGAUUUCGGCUGAAAAUGAGAUAAUUAUGCAUGGCGGAUAUUUUCAUUAUAAUGAAACAAUGAGUCGAAUGGGACAUACACAUAUUCUAACUCUUGUCAAAAAUGUGCCGCAACCUGAAUUCACAGCUCCAAGGAUUUUUGGAAUUUAG